AUGGAAUCUAGCAUUCAGCUUUGCAUCCGAAAUUUUCCUGAAUCGUUCAGUGAAAGUGACAUUAAAGAAUUUCUCAAUUGCUUUGGAAUCGAAAGCGUAAAAUUCCUCAAGCGUCGGAGCAAGAUUACCACUAUAGUAAACCUGCAGGAUGAAAGACUGGCCGAAACGAUUGUUACUCGACUUCAUCAGCUCAAGAUACUUAGCAAGCGCCUAUCGGUGGAAUAUUAUAGUCCACGGGAAGUGGAGAUUGUUGAUGUGGUCCCAGAAGAACCGACUCUCAAACAGACAGCUCAGGAAAUGAGCAAAUUUGCGAAGGCGCUCCACUCAGUUCAUCCGGUGGAUUUCAGCCAACCUCCGCCUCCCUAUCUGAAGUAUCGAUAUCCACGGCCAACACGGGAAAUUAUUGACAGUAUAUGCGUUGCACUAGAGUCCGUCCCCAAAUUCUACACUCAGGUGCUACAUCUCAUGAACCGUAUGAAUCUUCCGCCGCCUUUUACUGAUCGUGAUUUGCACCGCACCGGCGUUCCUAUAGAAAAGAAAGAUACCGGCCAACAGACGGAUAUAACUUGUCUAACAGAUUCCCUACUAGCAGAUGGAGAAACCGAACUCGAAUCAGAUGAGGAGCCGACGCCAAAAAUACCCUCAAAACAUAAAAUAAAACUUCAGCAACAUCGCUUCAAACCGUAUAUUGUUUCACAGAUUCUUCCAGUUACCAAAAAUAAUUUAGAGCAGAAAAUGUUCGAAAAACCUGAAAUAAAAAAAGUUCACCCCAUUAAGAUGCGUCUUCCGGAAGAAUUGAAAUUGAAACAGGUGCCGUCGGAUCGACAAACAGUGAAUGAAACAGUAGCAGACCAGCAGGAAAUUGUAGAACUUCCACCCGUCGACUCUAACAAACUGUCAAUCGUCACCGAACAGGAACUGCUGUUCAACCGAAUCCCGCAGGACCAAUUAGUCGAAUUACCCAUAUUCAAGAAUUAUUCUGCCGGCGAACCAUCCAACAAACUGUACAUUAAAAAUCUUGCCAAAACUGUAACGGAGGACGACCUUCGGCGGAUCUUUUUCCACUUUUCGCUCACCGAUCCGCAGCGGGAAAUCGACAUCAAAUUGCUGCGUAGUGGCCGCAUGAAAGGCCAGGCCUUCGUUACCUUUUCCUACGCGUACGAGGAAGAUCUGGAGCGGCUAAAGGAGAAACCGAUCGAACGCGCACUGCGCCUCACCAAUGGCUUCAUACUGAAGGACAAACCGAUGGUAGUGAUGUACGGAAAGAGUGGUGCGGGAAGGGAGAAUGAGAAAGUGUUUGCCUAGUACUUA